AUGUCAUUUAAAUCGAAAUCUUCCAAACAUCAGGCUAGCUCCUCGAUAAACAAAUUGUUGGGUAGUGUGUUGCCAACAACCAAGCCUAUAACUUCAAGUAAGGGCUCUAAAAAGUCAGAUGCUAGAAAUACUGCCAUCCAGCUGCUAAAUGACACAUUUUUUGGAAUGGAGGAAUCUACAGUAUCGGUAAAAGAUAUUUCUAAGCUAAAAAAGAAACAGAAAACUACAAAAAGACAAACCAUGAAGAAAAAUUCUGCAGUUGCCGAAAAACUUGAGAAAACUGCGAAAAUGAAAAUCAUUCAAAAGCAAAUUGACACCGUUAAUGAAGAACAAAAGAAACAGGGGAAAAAAGUUUAUGGAAAAACCGAGUAUAAUUUGAAUCAGGAAGAAAAGAAACUUAUAAACUCGUUGAUUGAUGGUAAUGUCAAAACUGUUCAAUCAUGGAAAGAUGCUGGUGAUAGUGACGAUGACACAGAAGAACAAAUUAAGAAAUUGCAAGGAGAUAUCUUAGCUUUGAAGAACGCCAAGCAGCGGAACAAGGGGGCUAAAAAUGCUAAGAAGAGAAAUAAUGAAUUUAGCAUGGAACAGAAGAUUAAUGGUAAGAUUAAGAGGGCUCAUGCUUAUCCUGGUUUGACACCUGGUUUGGCACCCGUUGGUUUGGAUGACAGUGAUGAAGAAAGUGACUAG